AUGGACCCCACCGGCGGCAGCUGCAUGCGCAGCCCCCAACCCCCAGCCCCACUCUGGGGUUGCCUGCGAGGUGCCGACGUCCCUACAGCCCCGGGGUUGGGUCACUGCCCUCCGACCCCUUUUUCCUUCCACCCCAAGGCGGAUUUUGCUGCUUAUUCCGAAUUCUCAGCCUCCUGCUUGCUGAGCGCUGCCCACUGCGUCCCAACCGAGGAGCAGCCCCCAGUCUUCCGUCCCCACUCUGAGUGGCAGCAAGCAACGACAGAGGCCAGGAGACUGCUGAGCCCAGGGCUGACUUUGGCCUCUGGGGACUCAGAGAGUCCCAACCUCGUGAGCACAGCAGCGGGUGUAAGAGAAGAUUACGAGGUGCCGGUAAACAGCGCGAUGGAGACGGAGAGAAAGGCAUCCAAAAGGAAAAAGGAACACUCAGAAAGCCAGCCCUGCAGCAGCAAGGCAGAAGGCAGCAGCAGGUCACGGAAGGAGAGGACAGCAUUCACCAAGGAGCAGCUGAGGGAGCUGGAGGCAGAAUUUGCCCAUCACAAUUACCUGACAAGGCUCAGGAGAUACGAGAUCGCCGUGAACUUGGACCUCACUGAGAGACAGGUCAAAGUGUGGUUCCAGAACAGAAGGAUGAAGUGGAAACGCGUUAAGGGUGGGCAACCGGUGUCCCCCCCCGAGCCUGAUGCAGAGGAUGCUGAUUCCACCACAUCCCCCAGCUCUGAGUAGUGCCAUAAAGAGAUGCUUGGAGAGGGUGUGACACUGCAGAAGGACACUGCAGCCCCGUUUGGUGGCCCUGUGGGGCACAGACUGAGAGGUGUGCAGUGCCAGAGCUGGCGGAGGAAAAUGGAAAGCACAAAAUAAGGCAAUGGAGAGCAGGACUUUGAGCUUUGUGUGAAUGGAAC